AUGUUAGAAAAUAUUCAAUAUUCAAUAACUUCAAAUAUUUCAACCACUACAAAUCUUGAUUACGCUUCUUCUUCAUUUGACGAAGGCGAAGAAAGUGAUUCCUAUGAUAUAAGAAAAUUUGAUCUAAAAUAUAAUAAUAAUAAUCACAGGUGGAGCGUUUCUUCCUCUUCGUCAAAUUCAACAACUCAUGAGCGUGAAAAAAGACGUGAACUACAAUCAGCCUAUGACCAAACACUACAAAGACUACAAGAUCUAGAAAAAACUCACAGUGAAGAUAUUAAUGCAUUAGAAAGUGAUAUACAAACACUUAAGAAAGCUUUGGUCAAAGAAUCAAAAGGUAGGGCUCAAUUAAAUAAAUUGUUCAAUGAGUCUCGCGAAAAAUUUGGCGAGGAAAUGCAAAUCUGGGCUACUAAAGUAAUAGUCAUGGAGAAUCAAGGAAAUGAAAUGCAAGAGACUUUUAAAGAAACAAUAUCUCAAUUGGAGAAAGGUGAAAUUGAAAUUUCAAGGUUAAGGAAAGAAAAUCAAAUGUUACAGGAACCAGAUGAAAUUUCAAAAGAAUCAAAAAAUACAAAUGAUCCAAUAGAAAGUUCGGAUGCUGAAUCUGUUGUCACGUGCUCAAAAAUAACUAAAUUAAAUAACCGUAUUAUUGAGUUGGAGAAUGAAUUGUUAAUAGCAAAAAAGGAUAAAUUGGAAUUAGAAUCCGACAAACAAAUUACUAUUAAACAAUUAGAAGAGAAACAAGAGAAACAGGCUACUCUACUUCGUGCUAAUAUUGCUCAGAAACAAAAAAUUAUCGAUGAUUUAAAUCAAGAACUAAGGAAAGUUAGAUAUAGCGAAGGAAAAAGAGAAGAAAAACAAAAGCUUUUAUUAAAACAGAAUAGUAUUAACCUUGUUAAAGAAGAAAAAGAAAAACAAGAUGUUCCACGUGGAUCAUCAACUAUACCUAUCAUUUCUUAUUCAUCAUCAAAAGAUCGUAAAACUAGUUUAACAAAUAGUGAUAGUAUCGAAGCAGUAAGCUCUAAAAAAAGUCCAAAUAUCAAGAAAGAUAAAAAAGACAAGAUUGAGGAUGUUGAGUAUGUUGAGGUUGAGGUUGAGGGUGAACAAUCUGAACUAUUUUCAGAAGAGGAAGAGGAAGAGGAGCGUGACGAUAAAUCAUCACUUUGUACUGGCAGUGAAAAUUGGGCUCAAAGCCGAAUUGGAAGUGAAGAAAAUUCUAAAGAUGAAGAUGAUAUGCUUGAUGCAAUAUUAUCAGAUAGGGAAGAUCGUAUGCUACCGUUAAUUGGUCAUUACUCAGCUGCAGAAUUCACGGAGGAUGAGGAUUAUGUAUUGGACAGCAGUGUGAUAGGUGGAAAUAAUAAUGAUGAUGAUUUAUUUGAUCGUUCAAUAAGUAGAAGGCAUAGUUUAGCUAGUAGAUUUAGUGGCGGGAAGGGAUGA